GCGUAUCGAUUGACUAUGGACAGGGGCCCAACGACCCCUCCAUGAUUCCCAAUAAUUUUGACGAUAGAUGCCGAGGUGAACAAAAACAACAACGUCCAAUACCAAGCACCCACGAUGUCGAACCCCGAACACCUCAAUACCUCCGAACUAGGCACAAAAUCCUACUGGGAUGCCGCCUACACCACCGAGCGCCAGAACUUCUCCUCGAACCCCGACGACGAAGGCACAAUAUGGUUCAGCGAUGCGGGCGCUGAGGAGCGCAUGCUCUCUUUUCUCGAUACCCUGUCAGACGAAGGACAACUACACAAAGACAAUACAAGCGACGAGACUCCAACGCGGUUUCUGGAUCUUGGGACAGGAAACGGACACUUGCUGUUUGCGCUGAGAGAGGACGAGUGGGAGGGGGAGAUGGUGGGUGCGGAUUAUGCGCCGCAGAGUGUCAAACUUGCGAAUGAGAUCCGCGAAUCAAAGGGCGAGGAAUAUACGGACAUUCAGUUCCACGAAUGGGAUCUUCUUGGCGAAGAGGCGGGAGCUUGGUUGGGUGAUGGGUUCGAUGUGGUGCUGGACAAAGGGACGUUUGAUGCGAUCUGCCUUGCGCAGGAGACCGAUGCACAGGGGCGCAGGAUAUGUGAGGGUUACAGAGAGAAGGUGGAGAAGCUGAUCAAGAAGGGUGGCAGGUUUUUGAUCACGAGUUGCAACUGGACGGAAGAGGAAGUCAAGGGGUGGUUUGACGUGGAAGGAGGCGAGCUUGUGUAUGAGAGCAAGGCGAAGUAUCCAAGCUUCACAUUUGGUGGGAAGACAGGGACAAGUGUUUGCACGCUUUGCUUCAAGCGCAAGGCCUGAGCUCCCGAAACUGUUCGGCUGUUCA